CGACAAGCCACCAAACCAUGCAACCAUGGAUUGUGUAAAUGGUGCUUCGCUUGCUCAGCUCCCGGACGAGAUGUUCAAGUUUGUCCUUCAGCAGGCGUCCACGCCAGAAUGCGCGGGCAGGCUGGGCCAUUUGACGCUUCGUGGGCGACACCCGAUCUCGACACCACACUAUGUCGCCCCAACUUCUCGGGGCGUGAUUCCUCACCUAUCACAAGAUAAUCUGCAGAAGCACACCAAUAUCUCGGCUGUCUACGUGCCCUUGGAAGACUUCAUUGAAAAGUCGAACGCGAAUGCGCCUCUUUACAGCACCCCUGUUCAAAAUGGGGAGUCUCCAUUACGGCAGUAUAUUGGCCUGCCCGACAGAUAUCUGUCCAUAUUUGGCCUGCGCAGAGUCCCAAACAUACCUUGUCCUGCGCACAACACGAAUUCGUCGGUGGCGAUUUCGACGUCAGUUGGAUUCAGGUUCCUCGACGUCGAGCAGUAUCACGAGGCGAUCAGAAGGUUGAAAGCCGACAUUUCCACCAGCAUCCCUGAUCUGAUCAGCACGGAGACCGCGAGCGCCAAGAGAAUAGAAAAAAGCGUGGACAGGACACAUGCAUGGUUGCGAGAUUUCGUGGAGAGCACAGAGGAAGAGGAAGGUCUUCCCUUCUUCGCGGCAAUACCACCGCAUGAAACACAGCUUCUGUCCUUGUAUCUUUCAGAUCUGAAGGACGAAUACAAUCCUCACAUAUCCGGACUGUGCGUCUAUUCGCCCUCGACGGUGGUUGGGUUGCCAGAAGCGCUCAGAGAGAUACCGAUAAUAUGUCUUAAUGACCCUUCAUCGCCACAAGCAGUACUCGCAGCAAUCAUCGCCGGAGUCGAUUUCUUGACAGUACCCUUCGUGACACGGUCAUCAGAACAUGGGAUCGCCUUGUCAUUCACCUUUCCGGGCUCUUUGGACACUCCCAAUCAACCUCUCGGAAUUGAUCUUUGGUCCACAACACACGCCACUGACCUCUCCCCCUUGAGUCCCCGUUGCACCUGUUACACCUGCACACGCCAUCACCGGGCGUAUGUGCACCAUCUCCUCCAAGCGAACGAAAUGCUCGCGUGGACGCUCCUGCAGAUCCACAAUUUCUCCGUCAUCGAUGCCUUCUUCUCUGCCGUCCGCCAAAGCAUGCAGAAGCAGACAUUCGAGGACGACACGAGGACAUUCAGUCGUGCAUAUGAAUCCGAGUUGCCGGAACGGACUGGCCAGGGACCGAGAGUGAGAGGGUAUCAGAUGAAGAGCGUUGGUAGGGGCGAGCCGAAAAAGAAUCCCAAGGCGUACGGGAAGUUGGAUGAUCAGGUGGAGAAACUCGCAGAGUCGGAGAGCGGCGUCGCCACGCCGGACGGGGAUGCAAAUGAUAUUGAAACACAUGGGUUAGCGAAGAAGGUGGAAUGAAUAGAGUUAUCCCUCUUCUCUCACACACACAGAGAGAAUCCGAGCAUGAAUAUGAUCCCAAUACAUGCAGAAUCAUUGGAGCGACUCAAGUAGUAUACCAGAUUCAAUCCCCGUCGUCCUACAGGUUUCUC